AUGUCUGAUCAUACUGGUCGGCCUACUGGUGAGGGCCUAGUCCUGGAGGCAUGGGGCCAGGGUCUGAUGAUUGGCAGCUUGCUCAUCAUGGCAGCCAUCACUCUCUCCAACAUGAAGAAGCAUAUUCUUCUACACAAACUCAUUCUCGCAGAAUUGAUUCUCGCAAUGGGCCACGGUACUUUUAUCUUCCUGCAUGAGCCCGCCUAUGGCUGGUACCUAUCCGUCACUGCGAUCGGUCUGAAUGUAUCCUGGGCAUUGCACAAUGUCAUUGCCUGGAUGAAGAAUAGACCGUUCCUAUCACGACGCGUUUCGAUGAUUUACAUCGUUACUGUUAUUCUUUGUUGGCCGUAUUGGAUUGUCGAGAUCUAUGCCAACUUUACUUACUUCAAUAAUAUCAAUAAUAUCUUCCAUACGACUCGGCCGCUAGAGCCGAUCUUCAGGGACCCUUGGUGGGUGUUCACCACAAUCUCCCUAUUCUACACCAUCAAGCGCGAGUACAACUUUGGACUAUGGGAACUCGUCUUCAUCAGCCCUCGCUUCGGAGUUAUGCUCGCCUCGAUGUGUCUCUCCAUCGCAUUCAUCGUGGUAGAUACUUGCAGUGUCCUAAACGCCUUUAGCGAUGCACUGCCCCAAGGUAUUGAGCCAUUCUGGAAGCUAUCCUUCAUCUUCAAAUGUCUCUGCGACACAGUCAUCCUGGACGACUUCAAAACAGCCCUAGACCAAAUGCGCGCCUACUGGCUCCGAAAACAAGCCAGCGGCGAGAUCCUCCUAACGAACGCAAAUACAGCCCGCUCGCCACGUCGUGGUGCGCAGCAAGUCGAGGAUAUCGAGUCUGGAUCUGGUGGGCACAGGAUGGUGCGAAAUAACAAGUCUUUCUCUAUGCCUCGCGUCGUGCUGAAGGAUGAGGUAUAA